AUGCCACUCCUCACCCCCCUCCUCCUCGCCGCCUUAGCCGCCGCCACCGCUCCCCCUCGCCCCCCCGCGCGCGUCCCCGCGCCCCUCGUCGACGACGGCACCAUCCUCAACUUCGCCCCGACCCUCGCGUUCCCGCAGCGCGCCCUCUACGCCGGCGCCCUGGCCCGCUUCACCGGGCCGCCGGGUUCGCGGAUUCCCGUACGUUCCGCGCGAAACGUGCGGGCGGUGUGCUUCGGGGAGCGGAGCCACGUCGCCGUGUUGGGUUCGGCGCUGCGGGCGGCCGGGGUGGAGGCGACGGGGGGUUGGAGUACUCUACGGGGUUCCCGUACGCGGACGUGGGGUCGUUUGUCGGUCUCGCGGGCGUGGUUGAGGGGGUGGGGCGUUUCGGCGUGGGUUUUUGAAGGAGGGAAUGCCGGAGAUGGGGGGUCUCGUUGA